AUUUUAAUAAAUUGUUUAUAUUCAAACAAUAUGAGAAAGCAUUUAUUAUAGACUCAAACUACUAAGUAUGCAAAAUAUUUAAAUUAACAACAAUUUUAGCAAAUCGAAGCAAGACAAUUGAAGUGUGCCCAUGUUUUAGAAAGAUUAAAACAAAAUGGCUAAGAAAAAGAUUAAAAGUAAAUCAAAGACAUCUAAUUCUUCAAAGGUAGUAAGCACACCCGAUUUUAAUGCAAUUAAUGCAGAAGCGAUUAGUUCAGCUACAAGCAGUGUUAAUCAAUCAAUUCUAAAAGUGUGUCGACUGUGUGAAUCAAAAGAUGGCCCUUUCCACAACAUUUUUGACUCGGAAAAAGUUACGGCGAAGAAAAUUGAGGAGUUAAUGCCUUUCUGGGUUGCAGAAAAUGAUGACCUCCCACACAAGAUCUGUUUCCGAUGUUCCGCAAAAGUUGAGGAACUCUAUGAGUUUGUUCAAAAAUGUGUUGGUACACAAGAAAGUUUACGUAGGACAAUAGGAAAAACUGAACCACUUCCGAUGAAAAAGAAAACAAGGGCUCUUUGGGAGCAAUCAUUGAAUAAAUCAAACAUGUCAAAUGAUGAUAUUUGCCAUGCACUUAUAAAAAAAGCUAUGGAGGGCAUCAAAGAUAUUGUUAAACCUUCAAAAGAUAUAGAUAAGACUGGUGAAAUAAAUGUAAAUUCUAAAAUUGAAUCAAAGUCCACAACUGAACAACAGGAAGAAACAGAUGAUGAUGAUGAUGUUGAAAUUACAGAUAAUGAGAUUAUAAAUGAAGAAAAAAAUAAAAAACAUGAUAGAGCAAAUGUUAGAGCAUUACGUUCAAACAAAACAUUACAAAAUGUGUCACAGUCUUUAGAAACUAAUAUUAUAAGCAAAGAGCAAACAAAUUCAAAUAAUAGUAAGGGAACAUAUUUGAAUGUUGAUUUGACAGAUGAUAGUAAAGAAAAAAAUACUGAUGAGAAAAGUUCCAAAUCUAUUGAAGAUCCUAAACCUUUUGACAUUAUGGAUCAUGUAACUAUGAUUAAAGUUAAUGGUGUAGGUGUUCUAUUUCAAUGUAAACUAUGUAAUAGAAACUUCUUGAAAAAAGAAGUGGUUUUAUCACAUGGCUGUGCAAAAACUGGAGUACCUAAAAUUGAUAAGGGUAACAUGUAUAUACCACCUGAACCACCAAAACCUAGUACUGUUAAAUACAUAAAUACACGAGUAAGUUCUGAUAAUAAAAAUCAACAAAUCAUUGAAAGUAAACCAGCAAUGGAUAACGAAAAUUCCCAACCUAGCAAUUUAAAACAGAAUGUUAAGAAAAAAAUUGGACCUGCAAGUAAGACUGGAAGACGUUCAGAAAAUACAAUUGUUAGAGAAAUUGAAUCUAGUGAUGAAUCGAAUAAAAGUAUUUCCAACCAAGUUGAACAAAAUCCUAGCAGUAUAGCACCACAAUUAAACUUUAUGACGGUCCCAAAUAUGUCUAGUAGAUAUAAAAUUUUACCUGGACCAAAUAAUACAUUUACACUUGUAGAAGAUAAAGGUGAAACAGAAACUAUGGUGUCUCAAAAUUCUGAAACAAUCACAGCCUCUAACAAUAGAAAAAAUGAAUCAUCCGUAAUAGAUCUUGAGAAAGUUACAGAAGACAAUUCACAAACUAUGAAUAAACAUUCCAAAAAAAGUAAUCCUAUUAAAGCAAUGCCCAAAUCUGUUUCUAAUAACAUACAGUCUCAAACAGUAAAUUUAUCGUCAAGUCAGCCGUAUCCUGUUGGGUUAUUUCAAACCAAUGUUCAGGCGCCAUUUACAACUCCUGCUAUGAAAAAACAAUCAUACACCGUAGUCCAAACUGGGAAUCCCAAUAAACUAUUAAUAUCCACUAAGCCUCAAGAUUCUAUCGAGGAAAUGUCAAAAAAACGAUUAAAAAAGACAAAAGCGGGUCCUGCAUUUGAAAGUAAAAAAGAACCAUUUUCAGUCAUAUUAGAAGACGCAACACCUAAUAAUGACACUAGCUUUUUUACAUUUGUAAAUGUUGAUCCUUUACUUCAACCAUCUUACGUUUUACCAACUGACAGUAUUAUACAAGAAUCUCAAAUAACUACAUCCACACAAAUUGCUAAAACGCAAAAUGUUGUUGUCAAAGAAAAUGACAAAUAUUCUUGCAACAUUUGCGGUGAGAUUUUUAAUAGAGAAAAGAAAUUAAGCGCACACAUAAAUGCUCAUUAUAAUGUAGACAAUGAUUACAUUGAUGAAGGACCACCGAAAAAGCGCGGGAAAAAGUGAUCUUUUAUAUAUUUGAGAAUAGUUAAGAUAAAAUGCAUUUAUAUCUUAAACAAAUUCUUAAAGUUUAGUGCUUGUGAAUUACUGUAUUUUAAAUUAAAUAUAGUCCAAGUAAAGUGUUGAAAAAAGAGUUAACCUAUAAAACUGGAGAAAUACACUGCCAGAAAUUAGUAUAAGUAAUUACUUAAGGUAAAGUAAAUGAAAUAAAUGAUAUUUGGGCUAUUGUUUUUUAUACAGUACUCUAAAUCUUUAAGAAUUGUACCUCGUUUUCAUUUGUACGUAGUCUGUCUUUCUCUAAC